UCAAGAUAAAAGUUUUUCCACGACAGAUGAGUCUGACCUGAAUGGAAGAGUCGAAAUAUGACUUUUAUUUUGAAAGCAGACGUUAACGCAUGGUUUUGCGGGAUGUUGAUACCAGAGAGAGUGUCAUGGAAAGAUGUCUUCAUUGGUGGCCUAUGAGGAUUCAGAGUCAGAGGAUGAACCUUUGGAUCAAACAGAGGACGGAGCAUCAACUUCUGUCCAAACUGGAUCCUUUAAACAAAAUCAAGAAAUCAAAUUACCUUUAAACUCGCAGGUCACACAGAGAGCUCAACUUUUUACCCCAGACUAUGACUGGACGCUGCUGGGAAAUCAGGGAGGUAUUCCAGAAAAAAUCCCUUCCCCAGUGCACGUCCAGUCACAGCCACAGAGCUGUUUUGAUCAGGAGAUAAACUACUGCGGUAGCAGGGGAGCAAAACAUAAGCCAUUUGAAGACACUGCAGGUCGUCAGAGUUUACCUGCAACUCAGGGGAAUAGCUACCCUCUGCAAACUUUUUUUCACAUGCCACAGAGAUUUGGUGAUGAGAUGAACCCAGCAAAGAGACAGGACAAUGUCCCAUCUGGUGUCAGACCAUAUAUCCCUAAGAGACAGAGACUUUCCACUACAGUAGAGACUGUGGACCCAAAGUAUCCAGCAGAGCAAGUCCCAGGCAGUCAGACCAAGGAAAGCCAACUUCUCUUAGAUGUGUCGGAGAGAGUUAAGCCAUACCUUGCUCACAAGCCUGACACAGCGGGGAUACCAAGGAGGCUUCUGAUGCGUCUGGAGGGCCACCAAGGCCCAGUCAACACUGUGCAGUGGUGUCCCAUGCCUCAUCUCAGUCACCUGCUGCUGUCUGCAUCCAUGGACAAGACUUUCAAGGUGUGGGACGGAGCAGAGAGUGGGCGGUGUCUCCGGGAUUAUACCUGUCAUUCGGGAGCGGUGCGGGAUGCCUGUUGGACCCCCUGCGGACGACACCUUCUCACCGGGUCAUUUGACAACACGACUGCGAUCACAGAUGUGGAGACAGGGCAGCGGAUAGCAAAAUUGGACAACCAGUUCAAGGUGAUGUGCGUGGCCCUGCAUCCCAGCAAUCCAGAUGUAUUCCUGUGCGGAGGUCACAGUUCAGUGGUCAAAGCCUGGGACUCACGCAGCUGCAAGAUGGUGAAAACGUACAAAGCAGGGAUCCAGCAGACCUUGGACAUCCUCUUUCUGAGAGGCGGUAUUGACUUCAUAACAAGCUCCGACUGCGUGAGCAGAGAUUCUGCAGACCGCACUCUCAUCGCCUGGGACUUCCAGACUACAGCCAAGGUCUCCAACCAGAUAUAUCAUGAGCGAUACACAUGCCCCAGCCUGGCUCUCCAUCCGCUGGAGGAGUCCUUCGUCACUCAGACCAAUGGGAACUACAUGGCGGCGUUUUCAUCACAGCGCCCCUAUAGAAUGAACAAGAGGCGGCGGUACGAAGGACAUAAGGUGGAGGGGUAUGCGGUUCAGUGUGAGUUUUCUCAGGAUGGAACCAUACUGGCCUCGGGCAGCGCCACCGGCUCUGGUCACUUCUAUGACUACCACAACGCUCGGAUGCUGCACACUCUCCGUGCCCACAGCCAGCCAUGUCUGUGUGUGUCCCAGCAUCCUGUCCUACCUGCAACUGCCGCCACGUGUGACUGGGCUGGUGAGAUCAAGAUCUGGCAUUGACCACUGUGGGAAUAUGAAGGGAAAUAAGUUCUGAGAUGGAGCAAGUUUGCAAAUAUAAAGACUAUAUUAAACUACAAACUUGUGCACUGCACAUGCAUCUUCAAGGCUGUUAUCUCUGAGCAUAAAAUGAGACAUAAGAACCCUUAUCUAAUGCUUUUGGAAAGAAAAACACAGUUUUUACACUGCACUGUAUGAUGUGAUAUCUCCUAUAAUUUCCAAAACCACCCACAUUUUCAUUCCAUUUGAUAAAAACUCAUGUUGGCAGAAGAAAGGUCACAAUCCUAUAAACAUAAUAUUCAUAUUUUGCUCAUCUUGCAAAUCAGGGAAAGUCAUAAGAUGAAAGGAAGUGUGAACAGCGAACGAUUGUCAUGGAUUUUAUCUUAAGUGGUGGUAAAGCAGUGUAGCUGCGCACACACACACUCACUCACACACUCCUCAUUUUUUUUCAAAAUAAAAAUUAAAUCAUG